AUGACUACAAGGGAACCUAGAGGAUUUGGGUUCAUCCAAUACUUUGAUACUGAGGAUGCUUCUGAUGCAAAGUACCAUAUGGAUGGGAAGAUGCUGCUUGGAAGGGAAAUUGUUGUUGUUUUUGCAGAGGAAAACUGGAAGAAGCCUUCUAACAUGAGAGCCAGGGAAAAAAUAAGUGGCAGAGGCCGUUCUUAUGAUGGGAGGUUGCGCUCAAGAUCACCUGGGUUGAACGAUUCUCCUAGGGGUAGAUCACGGUCCCAAAGCCGAAGCUACUCGCCAGCACUUAAGCAAAAGCACUAUUCAAGGUCCCCGGCUCCUCGACCUCGGGAGAGAUCUUUGUCGCGUUCCCCAGCUGUCAACAGAUCAAGGAGUGCAAGCCCCAUUGUUAGCAGGUCUCCUCGUAGGCAGGGGUCUCUCUCUGUUAGCGAGUGAGGUAUCUCAGGGCUCUGUGUGACUAUCUUGUCACUGUUAUGCUGAACCAUAUAUGUUUCAGAUUAUUUUUGUUAGCACCCUCGUGUGUACUCUAGGAUAUCUGAACGUGUACUAUGUAUUGGGUAUUCCAAAAUCUCUGAUGAGUGAAGUGGGUUGUGAACCAA